CAGGGGGCAGGCGCGCCGGUCGCUUCCCCGUCCUCGGCGUCGCCCGGCUCAGUCGCGGGCGAGCGGCGCGGGCGGCCGGAGCGCCAGGCAGGCCAUGGCCACCACCAGCACCACGGGCUCCACCCUGCUGCAGCCCCUCAGCAACGCCGUGCAGCUGCCCAUCGACCAGGUCAACUUUGUAGUGUGCCAAGUCUUUGCCUUGCUAGCAGCCAUUUGGUUUCGAACUUACCUACAUUCAAGCAAAACUAGCUCUUUUAUAAGACAUGUCGUUGCUACCCUUUUGGGCCUUUAUCUUGCACUUUUUUGCUUUGGAUGGUAUGCCUUACAUUUUCUUGUACAAAGUGGAAUUUCCUACUGUAUCAUGAUCAUAAUAGGAGUGGAGAACAUGCACAAAUAUUGUUUUGUGUUUGCUUUGGGUUACCUCACAGUAUGCCAAAUUACUAGAGUCUAUAUCUUUGAUUAUGGACAAUAUUCUGCGGAUUUUUCAGGCCCAAUGAUGAUAAUUACCCAGAAGAUCACUAGUUUGGCUUGUGAAAUUCAUGAUGGGAUGUUUCGAAAGGAUGAAGAACUGACUCCGUCACAGAGAGGCUUAGCGGUAAGACGCAUGCCGAGCCUUCUGGAGUAUUUAAGUUACAACUGUAACUUCAUGGGAAUCCUGGCAGGCCCACUCUGCUCUUACAAAGACUACAUCACUUUCAUCGAAGGCAGAUCGUACCAUGUGACACAAUCAGGUGAACACGGAAAAGAAGAGAUACAGUAUGAAAAGACAGAGCCAUCUCCAAAUGUGGCAGUUAUUCAGAAGCUCUUAGUCUGUGGACUUUCCUUGUUAUUUCACUUGACCGUCUCUAAGACAUUACCUGUGGAGUAUAACAUUGAUGAGCAUUUUCAAGCUACAGCUUCAUGGCCGACCAAGGUUAUCUAUCUAUACGUCUCUCUUUUGGCUGCCAGACCGAAAUACUAUUUUGCAUGGACGUUAGCUGACGCUAUCAAUAAUGCGGCAGGCUUUGGAUUCAGAGGAUAUGACAAAAAUGGAGCAGCUCGUUGGGACUUAAUUUCCAAUCUGAGAAUUCAGCAAAUAGAGAUGUCAACAAGUUUCAAGAUGUUUCUUGAUAAUUGGAAUAUUCAGACAGCUCUUUGGCUCAAAAGGGUGUGUUAUGAGCGCGCCUCCUCGAGUCCAACCAUCCAGACGUUCAUCCUCUCUGCCAUUUGGCAUGGGGUGUACCCGGGCUACUACCUGACUUUUCUCACGGGAGUGGUGAUGACGCUGGCAGCGCGAGCUGUGAGAAAUAACUUUAGGCAUCAUUUCAUCGAACCUCCCCAACUUAAAUUAUUGUAUGAUGUCAUAACAUGGAUAGCAACUCAGAUAGCAAUAAGUUACACAGUUGUGCCAUUCGUUCUUCUUUCUAUAAAACCAUCAUUUAUGUUUUACAGCUCCUGGUAUUACAGCCUUCACUGUGCUGGUAUCUUAGUAUUAUUGUUGUUACCGGUGAAAAAAACUCAAAGAGGAAAGAAUACACAUGAAAACGUUCAGCUGUCACGAUCCAAAAAGUUUGAUGAAAGAGGAAAUUCUUUGGGACAGAAUAGUUUUUCCACAACAAACAAUGUUUGCAAUCAGAAUCAAGAAAGAGCCUCUAGACAUCCAUCAUUAAAGCAAUGAUGGGGAAAGCACUCUGAUGGCUACUUUUUGUCUGUUAACAGAAACCAAUCUUAGCACCUUUCAAGGGGUUUGUGUCUGUUGGGAAAGAGAUCACAUGGGGGGAAAUCGGACAGUUUUAGAUAGGGAAUGCCCUGUAUACCAGCUUGAAAAUGGAGUGAAAGACCCCUCCCAUGCCAUGUCCCUGUGGGCCAUGCCUUAUCAAAAAUGUUUCCAUUAUUUCAAUGGGCACUCAGGACCUCAGCAUAUGUCCGUAGGGUCAUAAGUGUGCCCUGCUGCUGAAUGUAUGUUGUGUAUCCCAAGGCACUGAAGAGAUGGAAAAAUAAUUGUGUCAAUCUAGAUGAUUGAGAAAAAUUAACUUUUCCAAAUGAAUGUCUUGCCUUAAACUGUCUAUUUCCUAAAAUAUUGUUUCCUAAAUGGUAUUUUCAAGUGUAGUAUUGUGAGAACACUAUUUCAAUAUUAGAUGUUGUAUGCUGCACAGGAAUUCCGGAGGAAUUUGAACAGGAUAUUUAAGACUGUGGAUACUUUAAAAUGCAAUAAACAUCUCAGUAUUUGAAGGGUUUUCUUAAAGUAUCUCAAAUGACUACAGUAUGUUGUGAAACUGUAAAGUGAUGGAUGCCAGUUUCCUGGAGAGUUUAAUUACCCUGUGUCAGGCAGAGAGCCCUUCAAGGAGGGAUUUCUUAAACAUAAUUAAAGGUUGGUAAUGUGAUAUUUUAAGCUAUUUUUCUUAAAAAACAAAAAAAAAAACAAAAAAAAAAAAACCAAGGGAGAGAGAGAGAAGAUGACAAAGGAAAGAAGGAAGACGUGAAUGAAGAAAGCACUGCGGGGGCCGGAGCCUGAGCCAGUGGCAGCUGGGACCAGCGCACACAGGUGUGCAGGGCAGGUGACCGAUGCUCUGCAGACGUGUGCUCUUCAUCCCUAUUUAUCUGAGUUCUUUGUGAUUCUGUAAGACAUAAAAGUUUAAUAACUUUUUAUUACGUUGACUUUUAAAAGAAAUGUAUCAAGCAUAAAUUAUAUAGAAUGAUAAAAGGAUUGUGAAAAUAAUAGUGGGAGAUUGCUUGAAGGUUUUGAAAGAGAAAAAUCACUGAGUGAAAUUACUCUCUAGCUAAUCACUUUUUAUCCUUGACAGUUUAAUUCGUAUUUGGGAAAGUUUUAGGAAAAUGAAAACUUAAAGUCAUUGGGUCUGAACCACCUCUGUAGAGAAUAAUAUAAAUUAGUUUCCAAACUCUUAACUUCUCACAUAAAAGGUUUGCCACUAACUCUUGUUAAUGAGUUUCAGAUUAUUUAAGUAGAAAAAUGUGCUUUUAUCUUAUGGGCUGGUUUUACCAUAAUUAAUUUCACCUGAAUUGCUGGGUGUCUCCUUUAACCCCACAGUCUUGUGAUGCUGCAGUAGCUGAAAGCAGAGGAGUGGGGUGUGAUGCCAGUCUGGCAUCAGGGCCACGGCCGGAGAUGAUGAAUCACGGGCGGAAAGGGAGAAGGAUGGGCAGGGCCUUCUGAGUUCACUUUUCUGUGACCCAUCUUUUGUGGAAUUUAUUUUCUUUUUUGCCUUAAAUUUUUAAAUGAAAUGCAAAUUGUCUAUCUAU